ACGAUUGCAUGAAUUGAAGGACACAUUACACACAUUCGUCCUCCUUAAAAUCCACUAUGAAUCCUCUUUGGAAUAGUACCAAGCUCUGUUCCCUGACGCAUUUGCAUGUGCACAAAUUUGCCCAUGCCGGGUUAUUGCAAAGACAGCCUAUACAGUUAGCGACAGUUAGGAAUGGUUCCAUUCUAGCCUCCAUAAAAAAAAAGUUUGCAAGAGACGUGCCGCCGCCAUCCCCUAGACAAGACAAUGUCUCGACCACACAUCAUGGAUAUAAACGUAUUGAUGAAUAUAAAUGGAUUGAAGAUAUCAACAAUGGGGCUGUAUGGGAGUUGAUUCAGAAGGAGAAUGAAUAUUCAAAUCAUAUGUUGAAAAGCACAUCGUUUUUGCAAAGAGUAUUACGCAGAGAGAUGCAAAAGAUACUACAUACACCAAAGCUUCUUCCUCCAUUAUCAACACGAGCACAUGGGUACGAAUACUACUCCAAGACGUCAAAGGCGGGAAUGGUGUACUGUCGCAAGCUGAUUGGGCAUACUCAAGAGGAAGUUCUGCUUGACUCCAAGUAUCUCAGAAUGACAAAUUUAUCAAUACGCAAAGUGCUAUUGUCGCCGAAUCACAGCAUUUUCGCAUAUCAAACAGAGAGGGAAGGAGAGGAAGUUGGAAAUCUUCAUUUCAAGGAUCUCUCUGGCGCCAUGAAUUUAAAGGGCGAUAUUUUGGAAGAUAUCUUCAAUUUUGUUUGGGCUAAUGAUAACAAGACCGUGUAUUACACUGUCACUAGUGACCAACUUCGGCCAAACAAGGUUUACGCGCACAUAGUUGGAACUUCUCAAGAAGAAGAUAUUCUCAUUUAUGAAGAUAAAGAUGAAACAACAUUUGUAGACAUUUCUAGCACAAAGGAUAUGAAAUAUAUCACGAUAAAUGCAAACUCGCUAUCUUCUUCGGAAGUCCGGCUAAUAGAUGCCUUACAUGAUUAUUCGGAAGGCCUCCAACCCUCAUUACAGCUGGUACAAGGACGCAAAGAGAACUUGGAGUAUUUUGUUGAUCACCAUGACAACCAGCUAUAUGUUCUAACAAACGCUGGAGAUGCCAAAAACUUUAAGCUAGUCACAGCUGGUCAAGACAAGCCAGAUAUGCAACAUUGGAAAGAUUUGAUUACAGUAUCUGCGACCGAGAAAAUAGAGGACGUUGAUCUGUUUAAAAAUCGCAUUGUACUAUAUGGAAGACGCGAUGGGUUACCUAUGAUACUUUGUUACGACUUGAAGACGGGAACCAAGCUUGAAGUAGAGUUACCCGAACGGUUUUGCAUCGUCCAUCCCGGAACAAACUUAGAUUUCGAUACAAAUACUUUUAGAUUUUCUGUUACAUCGCCAUACGAGCACGAAUCAACUUGGGAAUACAAUAUGGAUAAGCAGACGCUUCGAUCCGUGCGAGUGCACCCCAUCCAUAAAUUCGAUAGAAAGAAGUAUACCUGCUCGCAAAUACAUGUCGAAUCACAUGAUGGAGCCCAGGUUCCUGUAACCUUACUGCAUCAGAAAGACCUCAAGCUGAAUGGAAAAAACCCAGUGUUGAUGCGUUCCUACGGAGCAUACGGUAUAACGACCGAUCCGGAUUUCCGAAUAGAAAACUUUUCCCUCUUGGAAAGAGGAUGGGUGAUUGCAUUACCCCAUGUCAGAGGUGGAAGUGAGCUUGGCCGAGACUGGUAUGAGAAUGGCAAGCUUCUCCACAAGAAAAACAGCUUCCAAGACUUUAUUGCUGUUGCUGAGCAUUUGAUUGACAAAAACCUCACAUCACCCAAACUGUUAGCAGCCAUGGGCACUAGUGCAGGUGGAUUACUAGUGGGUGCUAUGGUUCACAUGAGACCAGAGUUGUUCAAAGCGAUCGUGCUUCGAGUUCCUUUUGUAGAUCCUCUUUCGGCCAUGCUUAAUCCUGACCUUCCGCUGACUCAAGUUGAAUAUCCAGAAUGGGGCAACCCGACUGACGAUAAAGCAGAUUACGAAAACAUCGCCAGCUACUCACCAUACGAAAAUAUUAUUGGCACCAGUGCAAGUAGCUAUCCUUCUGUGCUAUUGACGGGUGGUCUUAAAGACCAGAGAGUUCAAGUGUCUCAACCCCUAAAGUACAUAUCAAGGCUCCGGCGAGAAAUAGAGCAUAAAGGCGCUGUAGCAUUAUGUCGAAUUGACACCGAUCGUGGUCAUUUCGGAGGAGGUGGGGAGCAGGAGGCUCGAUUAGACGAAGCAGCCGAAGAACUAGCUUUCCUCAUAUCAAAUGUACAAAAGUAGAAGAUUAUAGAAAGCCAUUGUUGGUGUGAUUAUAUUACAAUUGAAAUAU